AUCGUGAUUCAACUGAAAAAUUCUCAUUCAAUUCUGAAUUCAAAUUUUGGUGUCUCACACUUGAGAGGAGUUUCAAGUAAUGACUAGUACAGGCUCUUAGCGUUAAAUAUGAAUUUUUCAGCUGAAUCAUGAUUGCAAAUGUGAUGUCGCAUAUAUUACGAUCCAAAUAAAGAACUUAAAUCUAACUUUAAAUUCGUGGUAGACAAGCUUCAAGUAAUGAUUAUUAAUACAUGUGGAAAAAGUGUUUUAAUACGAUAAUCGAUCGAAACGACGUGAUAGUUUUCUCGGUUCCAUUGUGACUUUUGUAACGAAAAGCUGCAAUUCGAGUACAUUAUCCAACAUUAGCCACGGCAGAGAUACGCGGAUUUGUACAGUUCCGCGCCAUGUGCUCAGCCGCGUUACGUGCCUUGUUACGUCAUAAUUACUCGCGCGCUCAGCAGCGCCGACACGUCAUUCAGCAAGCCACGCGGAUUUCAGCUUGACGAGGAGGAUCUUCUCGCGUUCUAGUGGCCGGCUUAAUUCGCAUUCGCGGAACGAUGCACACAUGACUCGCGCCGCGCGCAAAUUUUUCUCCGCAUUUUUCGCCGCGGGAGCGUCGCGAACCGAUCCGUCGCGCUCGUCUCCUGUUUCCUUAACGUUAUCAAUUAACAGCCGGCCAAUAAUUUACCGGAGGCACGUGCAGCCGCGAGAUGCGGUUAUAAAUAGCGAGUGUAAUUUACGCGCGACGUUCAUCUCGCGAAUUAUCGCGGUAUCGGUCCUCUCAAUUCUCCUCUCGAGCGCGCACGGAGAUAUUAUCGACCGGUGCUCUUUCCGUCUCUCCCCCCGACGCCGACAUUAAAGGCUCUCUCGCACUUUUCAUCACGUCGGACCGUCGGUAUACGCACACGGACCGGUAUGAAGUUUCGCAAGAACCUCCGCGUUCGGAGAAAGUUAUGAUCUCGCCAUAUCGGCGCGCUUACGUAUCCGGAUUCGAUUUUAUUUCCAAACCGUUCUCGCGCGCGCGAUCAAUCGAUCGAUCGCGCGCUUCCUCCCCCCCGUCCCUCUCUUCCGAGCGAGAAUUUCCCGUAUGCGAGGUGAGUGAGCCUUUCCGCUUUCGAAAGAAACCGGAGUCACGCUCGGCGUUUUAUCAGACUGCCGUGGCGCCUUCUUUUAUUUCUUUUUUUUUCUGUAUAUAUAAAUUGCAUGUCGCCAAGCCAGGCGCCAGAAAAGAACAACCUGGUUAUCGUUCCGCGUUCAACGCGAACGCGCUUAUCUCUCGUGAUAGUGUAACCUCGACAUGCCCGAUGGAAAUCGGCGAGAACGGCGGGACCGAUCGCACGAGAUAGACGCCCGGAUCAGCGCCGAUAUAUGCAUAACGCGACGUGCGCUCUAUUUUACUACGCGACACGCGCUCGAGACAAAACGCUUUCGUGCGCAAUCGACGCUGGGAAUCGGCCGCGGAAGGCCGUGGCGGUACUAAAUGCUAUUUAUAACGGUUUCGGGACUUCAGUACACGUGUCACAGAUCGGUGACAUGAACGACGAGCGUGAUAUGUGCUCGCGAGGUUUUUUUUUCAGCCAAAUCAGCUCGCGUUUUCUUCCUUUAGAGCAAAAUAAGCACACAAGAGCGCAGCGAAUUCCACGACGCGAUUCCCGCGAUUCUAUCGGAGCCACGGCAGCAGCCUCUUAUCCGAGCCGUGAAAUCGAACGUAGCUACAGUAAAUACACGUAUAUCGCAGCUCGGGGUCAGGCUUGUCCAUAGUUGUCCCUCGAAUUCAUCCAGCACAUCUAUCAGGUCCGUCUUUAUCUUCAUUGGAAAUGGC